AUGAAGAAACUUGUUUCCAUGGUACAAGAUCAGCUGGAAUCAAAUCGCCUGCCAUCUGUACAUCCUCAUCACUCCAUGUUGUACCCACUGACGCAUGACCAGCGCAAAAAGAUUGCCGGAAAACAUGCUUCGCUGUGUUUGGAAAAGGUGUCUUUGCUGCAUCAUCAACCAUUUAGAUUUAGCAAAAAAUUACCUGCUGGGCAACGUUUAAGAAUUGGCUACGUUAGUUCUGAUUUUUGCAAUCAUCCAACUAGUCACUUGAUGCAAAGUAUUCCAGGUCUGCAUGAUCGAACUAAAGUCGAGGUUUUCUGUUACUCACUCGCACCUGACGAUGGCACCAAUUUCAGGGCAAAGGUCGCGAAUGAAGCUGAACACUUUGUUGAUCUAAGUGGGAUUCAGUGUCAUGGAAAAGCUGCAGAUAAAAUCGCAAGCGAUGGAAUUCAUAUUCUUCUAAACAUGAAUGGCUAUACAAAGGGUGCACGUAAUGAAAUAUUUGCUCUGAAGCCUGCACCGAUUCAAGCUAUGUGGCUAGGUUAUCCUGGCACGAGUGGUUCGACAUUUAUGGAUUACAUCAUCACGGAUAUGGUAACAUCUCCCAUGCACUUAAGCCAUCAAUACUCUGAGAAGUUGGCAUACAUGCCCAAGACAUUUUUUAUUGGGGAUCAUCAACAGAUGUUUCCUCAUUUACGCAACCGAGUUAUUCUAGAGAGCGCUGAAGAUGCCACCGCAGGGCGCCGUGUGACAGAUAAUUCCAUCGUUGUCAGUGGCUUGGAUAUCAAACCUCUACUACAAGUUGCUUGUGUGCGCGAAGUCACUUAUGGAGGUCGCUUGGUUGAGAUUCAUGGCAGCCAACGUAAAGAGGUUUCUUACUUCACAAAGCUCACCGUGUUAACGAUUCCCUCGUUACAGCCUAUACAAAACAUGAUUCGUACAAACAGUCCGUCUUGUACAAUUAAUGGCGUAACUAUUCAUAAUGGUUUGGUGACACAGCAAACACAAUCCAAAGCUUCUGCUGGUGAGGAAGUGCCUCGUGAUCUCAUUCUUACUUCCAGGCAACACUAUGGCUUGCCAGAAGAUGCCGUCGUUUUUUGCAACUUUAAUCAGCUAUAUAAGGUUGAUCCAUCAACUAUGAGAAUGUGGGUUGAAAUUCUGAAAGGUGUCCCGAACAGUGUGUUGUGGCUGCUACGCUUUCCAGCCGCUGGCGAAGCCGGUGCACUUGCAGCCGCCUCAGAAAUGGGUCUUCAGCAGGUGAAUCGUCGAAUUUUAUUUAGCAACGUUGCUCCAAAAGAGGAACAUGUUCGGCGUGGUCAGGUUGCUGAUGUCUGUCUGGACACGCCUUUGUGCAAUGGACAUACUACUGGGAUGGACGUUCUGUGGGCUGGUUGUCCUGUAGUUACCCUUCCACUCGAAACAUUGGCAAGUCGCGUUGCGGCCAGCCAGCUUCACACGUUGGGAUGUCCUGAGCUUGUGGCUAACAGUCAGGAGGACUACGUUCGAAUUGCAACCAAGUUGGGGAACAACCGUGAAUAUCUUCAAGCAAUGCGGGCUAAAGUUUGGAAGGCAAGAGAGUCGUCUGCUCUUUUCAGCUGUCGCAGCUACACUGCUGACAUAGAAGCCCUUUAUUUUCGAAUGUGGCAGCAGUAUGAAGCCGGCUCUAUUGAACACAUCGUGGAAUGGCCGUCGAAGUUCAAUAAGGAGAGUACUUAG